AUGUUUGCAAACUGUUCCAACAACAAUGUCUUCUCGCUUAAAGGCGAGGAUAGCGGUGUCUAUGACGUGAAUUCAUCAUGUGACUUAUCUACGUCAUUUAACUCUUCGGAAUCCCGAAUCCCUGAUGAAAUUCGACUGCGAAUAAACAGCCGUGAGAGACAGCGCAUGCACGAACUGAACGACGCUUUGGAGGCUUUAAGGAGUGUGUUACCCCAAUCCCAGAGAUCGUCCCUAAAGAAACUCUCCAAACUGUCUACCCUUGUACAUGCGCGGGAACAUAUCUUGUCUCUUUCACGGUCUGUUGAGGAGAUGAAACGUUUGGUGCAGUCAAUGAGUAGAGAAACUGUUCAUGAUAUCGACAAUUUGAAAAAAAAUGUCCCACAUUUUGUCCACGCCCCAAAAGCAUUUGCUCCUGUUGGACAAAGAUACGCUCCAUGCACCUCCACUCCAAUCAAAUCCACAGGACAUCGAGAAAUGAGGCUACUUACACAGGACACGCUGUCUCCUUACUUAAAAUAUAAUCAGUUCAAGCCUAAUGAAAGCCAGAUGAAUGUCAGGUUCACAGAGAAUAUCAAUGAUUCUGUAGGUGUUGGAAGUGCGAAUUCUUACAGUCUACUGCAGGAGGAUAGGACCAAUGCACAGUUCACCACAGUGCCAUUGGAUGCCACCCGGAGAAAUCUCCCAGAAUUCCAUAUUCCGACAAUGUACCAGAAUUCCUCACCACCAAAACCCGUUCUGAAAUUUUCUGUAGAUUCCUUACUGGGACUCUCAGAAGGACGUGAAAGUUGCCAGAACCAUUCUAUCUCAGAAUACGUUGACAUUAUGAGUUAAUACUA